AUGAUCUGCUCAAUCAUGGGAAGCUGGCGGCGAGAGAGGCCGGCGCGGCCAUCAGAUCAACAAUGGAUUACAGAGUGGAGACAAAUUGGGAUCGUGGGUGUAGCAAUUUUGCUGGUUCUUGUGGCAGAAAGCAGUUUGCUCGCAACCGGAAUUAACCCGAAGACUAGGUCCGGCGGAUCGCAGACUUUGAGUGCUAGCACUCCACAGAAUCCCUUCCAAACCCCAGAGCUGAAAGCCUUCCUAGAGAGAUACAACGUAACCCUUCACCACCAAUCUGGUGUUAACGUCGACCUUGGCCAGGACAAGGAAGUUGAUGGCAAAUUAUAUCGGGAGGCUGCGGGGUUGUGCCCCGUGUGGGGAAAGUACAUUCAACUUCAUCAGCCGAACCGUCCUCCAUACAAGAACAACUUCUUGGAAGACAUUCCGACUGAAGCGGAAUACCAGAAGUCAGGAAAUCCGUUGCCCGGAGGGUUCAACAUGAAUUUCGUGACGCCUGCCGGUCAACGAAUUUCACCAUAUCCGAUGGAACUUCUUGAAAAAAGUAGCAAAAUCAAGGCGAGUACAGAGCUUGGGAAGUGCGCCGAAUUCGCCUACAAGACGACUGCUAUGGAUAAAAGCAAUCAGGCGACUCAGUACCGCUAUCCAUUUGUGUAUGACUCUAAGCGGCGGCUGUGUUACAUCCUUUCCGUAUCGAUGCAGCGAAUGGAGGGCAGUAAGUACUGUUCUACCAACGAUGACCCGGUUAAUCUCACAUGGUAUUGCUUCGAGCCCCAAAAGAGUCCUACGGCGAAUCAUAAUCUCAUCUUCGGAUCGGCCUACGUUGGAAAAGACCCAGAUGCGUUCCUCACUAAAUGCCCAAACCAAGCUCUUAAGGGGUACAGAUUCGGUCAUUGGACAAACGGUCGGUGCCACGAUUACACUGAGCUGGCCGACUCGUGGAUAGAAGCUGUGGAUUCAAAGGCACAGUGCUGGGUCAAAACAUUUACAAAUGAUGAGGUUGCCAGUGACCAACCCCGGACGUAUCCACUGACAUCGCAACAUUCGUGGAACGAUUGGUGGCCUGUCCACGAAAAGGAUCAACCUCACUCAGGUGGCGACGGGCGUAAUUACGGUUUUUUUUAUUUUGACAGCAACGGAAAGGGCAAGUGUGCGCUCUCUCACAAAGCACCCGACUGCCUGGUUUCGGAUUCUAAGGCCGUGUCCUAUACAGCACUGGGGAGUUUGUCCGAAGAGACGCCUGAUAUAAUCAUUCCGUCAAAUCCAUCUGUCAAUCCUUCCACACCCGAUGAGGCACUACAGUGUAGGAGCUCGGAGUUCCCCGAGACGUUCGGUUCCUGUGACGUUCAAGCUUGCAAAAGACAGAAAACAUCUUGCGUUGGUGGGCAAAUUCAAAGUACAAGCGUCGACUGCACCGCCGAGGAACAAAACGAUUGCGGCUCUAAUACGGCAUUGAUUGCCGGGAUGGCUAUAGGAGGCGUUCUCAUCAUGGGCCUUCUCGCCGGAAGUGGCUACUACUACUCUAAGAGACUGAACACAAACCAAGGCGUCCCUGCAGUUGAUCAUGACCAUGAGUUUCAAACGCAGAGAAAUGCUCAGAAAAAGCGGCCAAGCGACCUCAUGCAAGAAGCAGAACCGUCGUUUUGGGAUGAGGCAGAGGAGAACAUUGACCAAAGCGGAGAAACGCAAGUUCUGGUCGAGGGCGAUUAUUAG